UUUCUUUCUUGCAGUGUAUUCUAAUUCUUCCUCAUCAAACUUCUGUUAUCAAGCAAUUUCUCACCGAUUUCUGCAAAAAUCCUCUCAACUUCUCUAAGUUAACGGCUGCAAGUACAUUCUUCUUGAAAUCAUAUUCUCAGAAAUGAAUUAUACGUUAUUCUUGCUUGCAUAGCCUGCGCUUCAAGUCCGAAACCAUAAAAAUGCACUGGCCUUUCAUUUCUAUAAAAGGCGUACUCCAUCAGCCAAAUAUCUUAUCUCUUUAUCACCUCAGCUCUCUCCAUUUCUCUUAGCCAUGGCAGAAAUCAUUCAUAACAGCAACUAUAUUCUUCUUUCAGCGACAAUUUUCUUCACAAUCUUCUUUCUAGCACUACUGACCAAUGCAAAUGCAAUGAUUCAUAACGUUGCAAGUUUUGGCGCAAAGGCUGACGGAAACACUGAUGCAAGUCCAGCGUUUUUAAAAGCAUGGAUUGCUGCUUGCAGUUCUUCCAAACCAUCUAUGAUAUAUGUCCCUCUUAAGAAGUAUCUUAUCGGUCCAACCGAAUUCUUAGGACCAUGUAAAAAUUCCAAUAUUACUUUUCGAAUUGAUGGGAUGCUCAUUGCUCCAGAUUAUAAGAAGAUGAAGUUCUCUGCUCAGCACUGGAUAACUUUUAAUUAUGUGAACGGAAUGUCUAUUAUUGGAGGAUUUCUUGAUGGCCGCGGCUCUAGCUUAUAUGCGUGUAAGCUUGCGAAAAAAGAUUGCCCAGCAGGCUCAACGUCGCUUUCCAUCUACAAUUCACAUAACAUAAGAGUUCAAAAUCUGAAGUCCCUUAACGCAAAGCUGUACCAUGUGGUUGUUUAUGGAUGCAAGGAUGUGGUUUUAGAAGGUGUUCAGAUCCGAGCUCCAGAUGAAAGCCUCAAUACGGAUGGUAUACACAUACAAAAAGCAUCCAACGUCCGUGUCUACGACUGCGGUAUAAAGACUGGCGAUGAUUGUAUCUCCAUUGGUGCUGGCACUAGAGACUUAUUGAUUCAGCGUGUUGCUUGUGGACCUGGACAUGGUAUAAGCAUUGGGAGUUUGAGACAUCAACUCGAGGAAGAAGGCGUGCAGAAUGUGACAGUGAGAAGCGUAGUUUUCACUGGAACACAAAGCGGGAUGAGGAUCAAAUUCUGGGCAAGACCCAGUAAAGGAUUUGUCAAAGGAGUUGUAUUCAAGAAUGCUGUGAUGAACAACGUUCUAUUUCCAAUUGUCAUCGAUCAAAAUUAUUGUCCUGGUAUCGAAGGUUGUCCUACCUCGAACUCAGGGAUACAAAUUAGUCAAGUUACCUACUCGAAUAUUAAAGGAACAUCAGCAACUGAAGUUGCUAUGAAAUUCGAUUGCAGUAAAUCACACCCAUGCAAAGAUAUCCAUGUUGAAGACAUCAAACUUGUUUAUCGACAAGAACAUCAAGAAAAAGAAGGGAAACCACAACAACCAGCUACAUCCUUCUGUCGAAACGUUCAUGGCAUAACUCGUGGUUCAGUCUUUCCACCAAGUUGUGUAUAAUGAAGUAGAAUGUACUUAGCAAUGUCAAAGUUCAUAAAGAUUUGUGAACAUUUCAUUUGUCUGUAAAUAUAAGCUGCAUUUGAAGUUAUUGAACAUCUUUGGUUUCAUUAUACAACAGGUGACAUUUAUACAAGAUAAACGAAAUCGGAAACUAAAAACA